UCCCCUCUUUUUUUUCCUCCGUUCUAUUCAUGUUCUUCUUCUGUCCUCUUUUUCGAUAAUAUUUUGGUUUCCCCCUUUCCCUUCCGGCCCAUCACAAUCAUCAAAUCUGCGAUUUGGUGAGGAAUAUUGCCGUGGCUGCUGCGCCUGCCUGCGUCGUGAACUAUGUUCUGCUGCGGAGGUGAGGAGGAGGAAAACCAUGGCCAGCCUGCUAACCAAUAUACAGCUCCACCAAGAGGAGGAAAUGCCUAUGGCGGCGGUGGAACGGGAGAGCCCAGGAAUUCCAAUACUGCCAAAAGCGGAGCUCCCCAGAAGAUUCUACCCAUCGAGACACCGGCCAUGUCAUUGGACGAGUUGAAUAGGUUAACUAGUAACUUUGGAUCAAAGGCUUUGAUCGGAGAAGGCUCCUACGGCAGGGUUUUCUACGCAAAGUUGAGCAGUGGUGAGGGCGCAGCCAUAAAGAAGCUGGACACCAGCUCCUCCCAAGAGCCAGACUCUGAUUUUGCUGCUCAGUUAUCAAUAGUUUCAAGACUUACGCAUGAGAAUUUCGUGGGGUUGCUGGGGUAUUGUUUGGAGGCCGACAACAAAAUCCUAGUAUAUCAGUUUGCAACAAUGGGCUCUCUACAUGAUAUGCUACAUGGGAGGAAAGGUGUACAAGGGGCAGAGCCUGGUCCGGUUCUGAGUUGGAACCAGAGAGUUAAAAUUGCUUAUGGGGCAGCCAAAGGCCUGGAGUAUCUGCACGAAAAAGUUCAGCCUUCAAUAGUUCAUCGAGAUGUUAGAUCCAGCAAUGUUCUUCUGUUUGAUGAUUUUCUAGCCAAAAUUGCGGAUUUCAACCUGUCAAACCAGUCAUCGGAUACAGCAGCCCGAUUGCAUUCCACUCGGGUCUUGGGAACAUUUGGCUAUCAUGCACCAGAGUAUGCCAUGACAGGGCAGAUAACACAGAAGAGUGACGUUUACAGUUUCGGAGUUGUACUUUUAGAGCUUUUGACAGGAAGAAAGCCAGUAGACCAUACAAUGCCCAAAGGACAACAGAGUCUGGUUACUUGGGCAACUCCAAGAUUGAGUGAGGAUAAAGUGAAGCAAUGUGUGGAUCCUAAACUCAACAAUGACUACCCAGCAAAAGCAAUUGCAAAGAUGGCAGCAGUUGCCGCACUUUGUGUUCAGUAUGAAGCAGACUUCAGGCCAAACAUGACCAUUGUCGUGAAGGCUCUUCAGCCACUUCUCAAUCCAAAACCAGCAGGCCCUGAUUCUAAUGCAUAGCAUAUAUAAAGGCUUAGCCUCCUGUAUUUUAUAACCUUUUCCUCAUCCUCCAUCAUCUCAUUUUCCUUCCAAGUGUAACAUUCACAAUUUCUUUUGAUAAGUACUUAUUUAUUUUACUUAGCAGUCUCUGCAAUAAAUCUGUUGGUACUUAGUUGUCUU